ACAGGGCUAAUUGUAGGGAUAACCUCAUAGUGUCGACAUGGUUGGCGAGCAAGAGCUGCUGGUUGACAAAGUCUGCGGGCUGUAUGAUCAAAUCUCAAGGCUACAGAGCCUGAAGCCCUGCAAAAAUGUCGACAUGCUUUUUACCCAGCUCGUCCUCACAUGCAUGCCACCUAUACCCAUCGAUGUCACCAAGCUCAGUUCCCGCGUCCAACAGAUUCGAUCCAAACUUAUAAGAAUCUGUGGUGAGGCCGAGGGACUUUUGGAGAGCCACUACUCCUCCAUCCUAGCCUCCCACCACGACCCUCUCCGCCAUCUCCACCUCUUUCCUUACUAUUCCAAUUACCUCAAGCUCAGCCUUCUCGAGUUCAGCAUCCUCAGCCAACACUACCCCCGUGUCCCUUCCAAGAUCGCCUUCGUCGGCUCCGGCCCCCUUCCUCUCACUUCCAUUGUAUUGGCCUCCAACCACCUUCCCUCCACGGUGUUUCACAACUUUGAUAUCGACCCCGUAGCCAAUUCCAAGGCCGCGCGCUUGGUUUCUUCUCAUCCUGACCUGUCCAAGCGCAUGGUGUUUCACACCAGUGAUAUAUUGCGAGUCUCAGAGGAGUUGCAGGAGUAUGAUGUUGUUUAUCUGGCGGCUCUUGUGGGGAUGGGGAAAGAAGAAAAGACUCGAAUCAUUGAUCAUUUGGCCGAGCACAUGGCCCCUGAUGCGCUUCUGUUGCUGAGGAGUGCGCACGGGGCUCGGGCUUUUCUGUACCCCGUGGUUGACCCUUGCGAUCUCGCGGGCUUUGAGGUUCUCUCUGUGUUCCACCCCACUGAUGAUGUCAUCAAUUCAGUAGUCGUGGCUCGUAAGUUUGCUGUGCCAACACAAAACCUUGCCUCUGCCAUGCUGCUCAACCUCGAUGAUCUCAAGCAUGGAGAUAUGAUUAACGAGGGAUUAUUGCAGGCUGACGUGGAGGAGGACUGAACGUCGCCUACCCCUGUACGUCUUAUCACAAAUAUCACUUGUAUUUGUGUGAUCUCCUGGUAUCGCUCUACGCACUUGUUUGACUUAGUUUCAGUCAUGUCUUCCUUAAUUGUUUGCGAAUCAUCUAGCUAGUAGCUAGCGAUUGGUAUGUAUAUUUUCUCGUGGUGUCGUCUAUGAUUUUUUCAAAGAAAUAAAAAGACCAGCGAUUAUGUGUUUA